CUGUACCACACGCCUAAACCUAAACACUGCCGCCGCCGCCACCGCCUUCUUCUGCCGCCUGCUCGUGCUAUCCGAUCAGGCCACGCCGGGACCGUCUCCGACGUUAUUGUCCGAUUCCUCCGGAGCAACCACCGUUAUGCACCGGAAAAUUGGAACGGCAUGAGGCGUUCCCGUGCCGGAACGUUCGUUCCAGUCGUUCCACUGCCGUUCCGACGAACCAUGUAUUAAACCAUCACAAGUUCCCCACUGUACCACACACCUAAACCCUAAACAGCCACCGACGUCGCCUUCUCGCGCUCGCGCUGUCGGAUCAGGCCACGCCGGGAGCGUCUCCGACGUUGUUGUCCGAUUCCUCCGGAGAACGCUGCUCCACAUUACUCCUGGACGCAACACUGUGGUUUUCAUACUACAACCUCCCCACCAACUUACUCCUGUCACUGCACGAGCAUUUACACUGAGGUUUCACCAACAAUUGAAGAGCUCAUAGAUAGAAUAAAAAUGUGGAAUCUUUCCCGAAUAACAUUCAACAAUCUGCAGCAAUCUAGGAGACUUUCCUAUGCAAUUCCCUCGAUCGUUUUCUCUCUGCAGAAUGGCUCUUCUUUUAUGCGAAGGUUUUGCUCCCUUGACUCCCACGAGAGUGGAGGUUUAAUUCCACCUGAGCUGUUAAGAAACAAGACUGUUCUUAGGCCAGAUUCUGAUAUAGGGAAAUAUGCUGAUCUAGUAACAAGAGUGACAAACUUCCAUUGCGAGGACAAAGGCUUGAUGGUCUUGGCUGGUGAUGUUUUUGAUGUCCCUAUUAGGAAGGAUAUUGUCCAACGUGUUGUGAGAUGGCAGCUUGCUAAGAGGCAGCAGGGUACACAUUCAACAAAAACUAUUAGUGAAGUAAGUGGGACUGGCAGAAAAGCAUACCCACAAAAAGGAACUGGAAGGGCAAGGCAUGGUUCUUUGCGUGCCCCUCAGUUUAGGCAUGGUGCCACCAUGCAUGGACCUAAACCACGAAGUCAUGCUUUCAAGCUGCAAAAGAAGGUUCGGCGAUUGGGAUUAAAAAUUGCUCUAUCUGCUCGAACAGCUGAAGGCAAGCUUAUUGUUUUUGAGGAUCUGGAAGUCCCAAGCCACAAGACGAAGAACAUUGUGAACUAUCUUGCCCAACUGGAAAACACAAGGAAGGUUUUAUUGGUUGAUGGUGGCCCCAUAGAUGACAAACUUAAGUUGGCAACGAGAAAUCUGCAAUAUGUCAAUGUAUUACCUUCCAUUGGCUUGAAUGUCUACAGUAUCUUAUUGCAUGACACACUCGUGAUGACUCAAGAUGCUGUAAGCCGCAUUGUUGAGCGGAUGCACACUCCCAUUAAUCGCUGAUGCAGUUGUAGCUGAAAUGAACAUUCAUCUGCUCAAGAUCGAUUCACAUCAAAUGUUUAUUUGAUGCUCUGACUAAUCAGUUGUCAGAUCAAACAAAGAUUCAUGUUGGAUAACUUUUUUGUUUUCUCCAUUACGAGUAGCUAAUAAAGGCAGAGACUAUUUUAGUUGUAUGUUUUGUAUUAAAAGAUUGGACCUCCAGAUUCUCUCCUGUUUAAAGUCUAUCAUGCACAAAAGAUUACACUUGGGCCAUGUUCUACGUUCA